AUUAUAUUGGAGAUAGUAAAAAAUGAAAUAUAACAAAAAAUAGGACGGAGGGAGUAAUGUCUUUGUUCUCCUAUAUUUGUUAGGACUAGAUUUUUUUUCCGUCUAUUUUAACGCCCCUGCCCUCUUCUUCGUCUCUUCACAAUUCCGAAUCAUCUUUUCCAUUGGCCACUUCGCCGCCCGCCGCCCGCCGCCCGCCGACGCAGCCUUCUUCGCCGUCCAUCGCCCCACGAAGGAGAAUCCUUCUUUUAUAUCUUCCCUGGGAUUGCAUUGGCCUCUUCUACCAUCUUCCUCUGAAUUGAGUUUGGUCAGAUCCCUUCGCCAAGCCCUAGGGACUCUCUGGCAAUUUUUAAAAGUUUGAAGACUAUUUACGACUUAUGGGAGACCAUGAGGACUAUUUAUGCAUUUAACUCUUUUCUGGCUACGUCACUGUUCAGUGCUCUUCAUCUACCUUCCAAGUAUAUGAAUGGAAGCUCGAAGCUUGAUAUUUGGAUUUUCUUCUCCAUCAUUACACACACAAAAACCAAACAUCACAUUCUUACCAGCUCUUUUACCCGCUUCUACUCAAUCAACAACUCAAUCUCCUAAAUGGGUCCCUCUCAAACCACAAUUUUUUCUCAUUCCUCGCAUAUCAUGGGCCAAGAAAGUUUCCUCCAUUAGAGCAGUAGAAAGCAAGUCUCUUCAUACCCAUGAGAUUGAAUCCAGUGUAGACACCCAGAAGAAGAAGAAAUUUGCUGUUUUUGUCUCCGGUGGAGGUUCGAACUUCAAGGCAAUCCACAAAGCGACUCUGCAAGGGAGUAUUCAAGGGGAGGUGGUUGUUUUGGUCACCAAUAAAAUUGAUUGUGGGGGUGCCAAAUAUGCCAGAGAUGGAGGAGUGCCUGUUAUUCUCUUUCCUAAACCAAAGAAUACAGAUGAGGGUAUGUCCCCUGAAGAUCUUGUGGCUGCUCUAAGAAAAUACAAAGUUGACUUCAUUUUAUUAGCCGGAUACUUAAAGCUUAUACCUCCUGCGUUGAUUCAAGCAUAUCCGAGGUCAAUAUUGAACAUUCACCCUUCGCUUCUCCCAGCUUUUGGAGGCAAAGGUUACUACGGGAGGAAGGUGCACAAAGCUGUGAUUGCUUCUGGAGCUAGAUAUUCGGGUCCCACAAUUCAUUAUGUUGAUGAAGAGUAUGACACAGGGCGUAUCCUUGCUCAGGCAGUUGUGCCCGUGCUUGCUAACGACUCCGCUGAUGACCUGGCAGCAAGGGUUCUCAACGAGGAGCAUAAACUGUAUGUACAAGUAGCCGCAGCGCUAUGCGAAGAAAGAGUAGUUUGGCGGGAAGAUGGUGUCCCUCUCAUCCAGAGUAAAGACAAUCCAAACCUAUACCUUUAGAAAGCUAAUCCAUUGGAGAGCAUAGUAACAACUGCCCUUUCGAGGUAUGGUUUUCCAAAACAAAAACAAAAAACCCCGAAGUUGUCCUUUGUCACGUCAUAUCGUGUACUUUUUUUGCUUAUGCCAUUUGUGACCUCGGAGGUUUGGUUCUGACCACACGGAUUGUCACGUUGUGUCAACAUUUGUUUCAUUCGUCCGGGAAAUAAACUUAGAUAACAAGUUUUGGUGUAUAACAUGAGAACUCAUGAAUGGUUAUAUU